AUGGGGUGUGGAGCAUCAAAGGCUGAAAAUGGUGGAGAGGUGGUGCCUGUCAGGCUUCGUCCUUUUCUCCGACGCCGGUUUGAGGAGAUCAAAACCCGAAACGCCAUGGCAAUGAAACAUGAAGGAGCAACUCUGUCCAAGAAACAGCUGCUUAAAGAUGGUGAAGAAGAAGAUGAUGAUAGCCAGAAGAGCGUGUCUUCACAAGAGGACAGCCAGGUGUCCCCGCCUUUGCCAGAGCCUGAAAUGACAAGAAAUGAGGUUGCGGAGGAAAAUGUAGUUGAUGUGGCAACACCAAGAUCUGCUAAGGUGGCACCGGAGCCGGAAUGUGAUGAUAAAGAUGAAGAUGAUGACAAUGAGAUAGCAAACAAGGAAAUGGAUGUUCCAGUUCUUGUGAAAGAGGAAGUGUUGGUGAUGGAAACAGAUGGAGCAGAGGAUGAAGAAGUGGGAAGACUUGUUAGGAAUGUAGAAGACAGAUAUAUCUGUCCUGGAUCACCAAGUUUCAGAGUAUAUUGUAUCGAUCAAUCAUUCGACGACUCAACGGAUGAAAGUAAAAACAAAGAGGAAGAUCACACAAUCCUACAAUCGCAAAGUGGAAGCAUGAGUGCUGGAUCAAAAUCCGAUGGGGAAUCAGAGACCAAGAUAAAGAAGAAAGGAAAGAAAGUAUACAGGUUUAAGAAGGUCAUCAUACCUAAGGGGAAGCUGCUGAACAUCACGUCGUGUUACUAUCCGGCUUGUUCUGGCCAUCAUGAGAGCACACGUCUUCUUUCCCAGAAGGCAGCAGUUGCUUAA